AACCGGUUCAGACUGUUAGUUCUAUGGCCGCGGCGGGGUCUGUGAAGGCGGCGUUGCAGGUGGCGGAGGUGCUGGAAACGAUCGUGAGCUGCUGCGUGGGGCCCGACGGGCGCCAAGUUUUGUAUACGAAGCCCACCGGCGAGGUGCUGCUCAGCCGGGAUGGAGGCCGCCUCCUGGAGGCGCUACACUUACAGCAUCCCAUAGCCAGGAUGAUAGUGGCAUGUGUUUCCAGUCAUCUCAAAAAAACAGGAGAUGGUGCUAAAACAUUUAUUAUCUUUCUUUACCAUUUGCUCAGAGGACUUCAUGCAGUUACAGACAAAGAAAAGGAUUCUUUGAUUUCCGAAAAUAUUCAGACGCAUGGAAGGCAUUGGAAAAAUUGUUGUCAAUGGAAAUUUAUUUCCCAAGCUCUUCUAACUUUUCAGACACAAAUAUUAGACUAUAUUAUGGACCAGUACUUAAGUAGACACUUUUUGUCCAUCUUUUCUUUAUCUGCUAAAGAGAGAACAUUGUGUAGGAGCUCUUUAGAGUUGCUCUUAGAAGCAUACUUUUGUGGAAGAGUGGGGAGAAAUAAUCGCAAAUUUAUUUCACAAUUGAUGUGUGACUACUUUUUUAAGUGUAUGUCUUGUAAAAGUGGGGUUGAAGUAUUUGAGUUGGUAGAUGACUGUUUUGCAGAGUUGAAUGUCGGUGUCACAGGCCUUCCUGUUUCAGAUUCCAGGGUCAUAGCUGGGCUUGUGCUUCAGCGAGAUUUUUCUGUGUACUGUCCAGCAGAUGGUGACAUACGAAUAGUGAUAGUAACAGAAACCAUUCAGCCUCUUUUUUCAGCUUCUGGAUCAGAGUUUAUUCUAAAUUCAGAAGCACAGUUUCAGACAUCUCAGUUUUGGAUUAUGGAAAGGACAAAAGCAAUAAUGAAACAUUUACUUAGUCAGAAUGUAAAAUUGCUGCUAUCUACUGUGAAACAACCAGAUUUAGUUACUUAUUAUGCAGAACUCAGUGGCAUAUCAGUGGUGGAGUGUUUAUCAUCAGAAGUUGUUUCUCUUAUCCAGAGGAUUAUUGGUCUUUCUUCAUUUGUACUACCACAGUCGUCCUCACAAUGUGAAAUCUCUAAUACUGCUUUGGUGAAAUUUUGUAAACCCCUUAUCCUUAGAUCUAAAAGGUAUGUUCAUCUUGGCUUGAUUAGCCCAUGUCCAUUUAUACCACACUGUAUAGUUCUUUGUGGACCAGUGCAGGGUCUUGUUGAACAACAUGAGAAUGCUUUACAUGGAGCAUUUAAAAUGCUUCGGCAGUUAUUUAAAGACCUCAAUCUAAAUUACCUGGCACAAGCCAAUGACCAAAAUGACACAUCAGGUCCUCUUAUUUAUAAGAAUACUAGAGAAGGUAAUCAGUUACCAGAGAUUGGUAAUGGCUCAAUACAAAGGCUGUAUCAGGACACAGUUGUAAAGAACAAAGAUGAACUGGAAAAAACUCAAACAUAUUUAAAAGCAUAUUCAAAUCUGAUAGUUUCAAAUGUGGAAUUAGAAGCAUGUAUUCUAACACCAGAACUGACACCAACAGAUACAUUCCAAAGAAAUGAAACACCGAUGUGUUUGUCACCAGAAAAAAACAGGGUAAUUGAUUACUAUGAACCAAUAAUUGAGAGUAAUUCCACCACUAAUUCAACAACAGAAAACACUAGAAUAGAAAUCUCUUAUGGAAGUUUACAGGUCACAAAAAUUGCUGGAAAGGGUAGCAUGUUGCCAGUGAGAGAUAAAUCAGUGGAUAUGUGUACUUCCCAGAGUUACUGUUCCUCAUCUAUGCCAGCAGGUUGUGUUUUGCCAGUGGGUGGCAAUUUUGAGAUCUUGUUACAUUACUAUCUUCUCAACUAUGCCAAAAAAUGCCAGCAAUCAGAACAAACCAUAGUUAGUAUAAUAGCUAAUGCACUUUUAGGCAUUCCCAAAAUCCUUUAUAAGUCUAAGAAAGGAAAUAGCUUUCCACAAAUAUAUUUAAGAGCUCUUCAUGCACUGCAGUCCAAUCAACCUGUGGUAAGUGGUCAGACAGGUUUGGAAUCAGUAACUGUUAAGUACCAGUUACUAACUUCGGUUCUUCAGUGUUUGGCAAAAAUAUUAACCAUUGAUUUGGUAAUCAAUAUUAAGAGACAGCCUGUGAAAGUUUAUGAUCAAGAUUCAGAAGAUGAACUAUAUAACACUGAAAAUUUUUGUUAACCAAACUUUUAAUUCAACUCAAGCCAUAAAGCAAAACAGGUAUGUGACCACUGAUUCUCAAGUUAAUUUUGUUUACUUAGGAAAAUAGCAUAACUUUUAAAAGUCUUUAGAACUAGUACACUAAGGCCACCAGACUAUUCAGAGGCAAAUAUUAGACUAUGGAAAAAAACUAGAAGGAAAGCCUUCCAGGUGGGGGAAGCCAAGAUCAGGGUAAAUGUGUCUCUUCCCCCUUUUAUGUCUCUGUCUUAGCUCUGUGUUAAUCUUUGUGUUUAGGGGAGGAUGUUUCUUUAUAGCUCCUUUUUCCUUUUUUCAUAUCCUUAUUUACUCUUCAUCUCUCUUCACCUUUUUUUUUUGAAUUUAUAAAGAAAUGAAAUUUAUUUCUUACAGUUUUGGAGGCUGGGAAGUACAGUCCAGGGGGCACAUUUGAUGAGGGCCUUCUUGGUGGUGACUCUCUAUAGCAAUGAAGGGCAUCACAUGGUAUGAGCAAGAGAGCUAAACUUCUCAUUCACUCUCCUUAUAAAGCCAUUAGAACCUCUCCCAUGACAAACCAUUAAAGCAUCAACCCAUUACUUCAUGAUUAUUCUUCACUUUUCUGUAUUUAGUAUAUAGAAUUAUUUAAUCUCAGAUUUGGAUGGGGUCUUCAA